CUCUCACUGUGUGAAUGCAAGUCAGCCGGCGAACCAGUCAGCGAGAGAGGAAAAGUGUGUGAGGGUGUGAGGUCCAGAGUCUGUGCUUGUGUUUGCUUGUGUUCGUGUGUGUUUGUGUGUGUGUGUGUGUGUGUGUGUGUGUACGUGUGUGUGUGUGUGCGUUACAGCGAGAUAGAGAGAGAGAGGCAGUCUCUGUCGGUGCAGGAGAAGCCAGGCAGCCGGUGCAGUUUUUUAAAGUGAACGACACAUCCUGCUCUGCUCCUCUGCCUCUAUUUGGAUUAUACCACUAACGGGGACUCACCCUUUGGACUAUCCUGACUCUUCCUCCUCCUCUUGCCUUUGAAGGGAACACCUGUGUGGUGUGUGUUUGUGUGUGUGUGUGUGUGUGUGUGUGUGUGUGUGUGUGAGAGAGAGAGCCAAGACAACGGACUUAGCCCUGGUGAACAGGGCGAGUGGAUGACUUCAGUGGAUGAGGGUUUGGCUGGUGGAAAGAGGGGGACUGCUGACCAUGGACUCCCCUCACUAGUGAACGGGGGCGGUGAGGUGGAGCGGGUUUGUCCGGUCAUCAUGUGCACACGGGCCUAUCCUGACCCCGUCCCUGAGUGCCAACUGUUCCCGGGAGAGGUGGAGGAGGCUGAGGAGGAGGUGGCAGACGAAGGCAGGGAGAGGGAAUCAGACAGAGACAGUGCCGUGGAAAGCACUCAAGGGUCUGACACGUCAGACGGGCUGAGCAGACCAGGGGACAAGGAGGAAUCGCUGGGGGAUCUCUUUUUCCCUGGGGACAAGUGUGGUCACACCAGUAUCUCAGUGACCUCUGACCUAUCAACGCGUUCUUCAGCUUCUCUGAACGAGGAGCAGUUUGAGGACUACGGAGAAGGGGAGGAACCAGACUACGCUCCCAGCAGCCCCUGCCCGGACGACGAGACUCGUACCAACGGAUACUCCGACCUUGGCUCAUCUGUUCCCUCUAGUGCGGGCCAAACUCCUCGUAAGGUGCGUCAGCAUUACACUGGUGAACCGAUGGACGUCUUCUGUUCUCAGUGCAGCAAAAAGGUCAACCUGCUAAAUGACCUGGAGGCUCGCCUGAAAAACCUCAAGGCUAAUAGCCCCAACAGGAAAAUCUCCAGCACUGCUUUUGGAAGGCAGCUGCUUCACAACAGCAACUUAAGCAGCAGUAACGGCAGUACAGAAGACCUUUUCCGAGACAGCAUCGACUCCUGUGAUAUUGACAUCAAUGAGAAGGUGAGUUCUCUGGAGAAGAAAGUGGCAGAACUCGAGAAUGAGAUUCUGAUGAACGGCGAUCUCAAGUCCAAGCUGAAGCAGGAGAACACACAACUAGUACACAGGGUUCAUGAACUGGAGGAGCAGCUGAAAGACCAGGAGACGCGUGCAGAACAAAAUCUGCAGGAGACCCUAAAACGACACAGAGAGGCCUACAGCAAGAUGGAGAGAGACAAGAACACACAGAUAGAGCUGCUGACCAAUCGAGUUAAGGUGCUGGAGGAGGAGAACACUGACAUUGCCCAAAACAUGUGCCGGCUCAAAUCACAGACAGAGAAACUGGAUGAGGAGAAACAAAGGAUGACAGACAAACUGGAGGACACCAGUUUGCGCCUGAAGGAUGAGAUGGACCUCUAUAGAAAAAUGAUGGACAAACUGAGACAGAACAGACACCAGUUCCAGAAAGAAAAGGAUGACAUGCAGGAGCUGAUAGAGGACCUGCGUCGAGAGCUGGAGCAUUUGCAGCUUUUCAAGCUGGAGACAGAGAGGCCUGGCCGCAGUCGCAGCUCUUCCUCUGGGCUGGCAGACUUCAACAGCAGGACCAGGGAGGUGGAGCUAGAGCAUGAGGUCAAGAGGCUCAAGCAGGAGAACCAGAAGCUGAGGGAGCAGAACGAUGAGCUUAACGGUCAGAUCCUCAGCCUCAGUCUACAUGAAGCCAAGACCCUGUUUGCCACACAGACCAAGGCCCAGUCUCUAGCCGCCGAGAUAGAGAAUGCCUCCAGAGACCAGUUAAUGGAAGCCCUGAAGGAGCAGGAAGAAAUUAACUUGCGUCUGCGUCAGUACAUGGACAAAAUCAUCCUGUCCAUCUUGGACCACAACCCUUCCAUCCUGGAGAUCAAGAACUAGCAGUGACUCAGCUGGAAUGAGAAUUGUUCCCGGUCUCAGGAGAAUGAGGAUCAUUCCAGUUGUUUGAUCUGAACCUGCAACCUGAGUCAGGACUCUGUACAGGAAAGCAGAGAGAACCAGAGGCAGUCCUAGAAACUGGAACAUAUAAAUAGACAUGCAUCGCCCCCUGCUGUUUGUGGUGGGAAAUGAACUUCUCUUUCAGAGAAGAAAAGGAUUCUGUGCUGAACUAAAGGGAGUUUUCUCAACCAGUGAUUUCUCUCUGAGUCUGACUGUAAGUCAUACUACUGUGACAACUUGAUCUACCCUUUGCUCUGUUUUUAUUUGUUGUCUAUGCUGUGAACUGUAAUUACUGUCACAACUUUGAACUGGUGAUUUAUUUGCAGGAAUAUCCUGCACUCUACAUGCUUCAAGGAUCGACAGAGUCGCUCACUGUUGUUCACUGGGCAUAAUGUACCUUGGUAUAAAAACUGGGACAAUGUAAUAAACCUAACAUUUGUUGUACUGUAUCCUGGUAUAACACUCGCUGUAAUAUCCACAGACAGACAGUUUGGUAUGAUGUAGAGAGAAACAGUUGUGAGACAGACAAACAAGUUGGCAGACAGACUGUAAACCUGACUCUCAGAGGCAUGAAGGCGGACCAAUCGAGUGCUGCCGGCCCAUGUUUUGUUCUCUGAGGCAUGCAUGUUGAUGUAUUUGGACUGGCACACUUUAAGAGAAGAUAGAGAAAAGUGGCAAAAGUGGUCAGAGAAAGAAAACAGUGAGAGUCCCUGUAUCUAUAAGGGGGGAUGAAGAUUUUAAGAAAGAAAAAGAAAAGCAUCAAGAGGUAGGGAGUCAGAUGAUGGACCAUGUUUGCUAGCAAAGCAGGGUUUUAGUGAAGUCGGUGAUGGCUAAUUGAAGGUGAAGAUUUUUGCGUUUUAUGUUUAUUCUUGAGAACAUGUCUUCCAGUAACCUUGCAACUGUGUCAAUCAGUCCAAAAGUGAAGCUUUUUCACUGAGAAGUGGCCCUUAGUUGGUUCAGAUGAGUAGUAGAGCAUCACUUUAUUGAGCAGAAGCUGCAACCAAGGAGUGUCUUUAAACUGUAACUUUCAUGGCUGCUAUUUGCUAGCCAUGUUCGAAAAGUUACACCAUUGCUCGCAAUAGACUCAAUGAUGUUGCACAGAAAUGUACGGAUAUGAAUGUACAGGGUGUGUGGUGGAUUUAUGUGGGUGUGACUGGUAGCCAUUGUAACAUGGUUUACUGAAUCGUCUCUCUAUGCUCAGUGAAAUCAACUCAAAUAUUGUAGGUGAGCAUGCACAGGAGACUCACUUUUUGGGACAAAAGACUGGAUUAGCAAUCUCAUUGAAACCUACAGUUUGUAGAUUGUUUUUAAAGCCCUCUGAAACUCUCUAAUACUGUAAAUAACAUGAAUGUACAACUGGAUAUUUCCCUUUCUGUGUGGCCAAAAAAGGCCUUUUGACUUAAAAUCCCUGUAAUUGGUAAAAGAUACAUUGUAAUCCACAUGCACACAGUAUUGAGUACUGUAAUGAAGAGGGGAUUGUUUGGAGAUAGGAAACAAUCUGCUGUAUUAUGUAAUUAUUCUAAACUUGAGUUUUGCUUCCUUGCACAAAAACAAAACAAAACAAAAACACUUUUUUUCCUUUUGCAUGGUUCACCUUUUCUUCUGUCUGUGCCUUUUGAGGACAUUUUUCAAGAUGACGUUGCUAUAGAUUUACGUAGUUUUUUGAAGCUACAUUCUAUGUCUGACAUUUUCUUGACUUGUAAAUGUUGUAAUUAUACAGUGAUGAUUUGUAUUCAUGUGCCACUCACCACUCUUUUUCAGAUUGAUACUAUGAUAACGAUUUUAUACUGUUUUAUCAAGAAAGAACUUGUGAUUGGUUAGGUGUCCUAUUAGAAAAGCAGAAUAGCACAAUGCUUUGUAUGGUACGCAGGACAGGUCAGCAUUUUGGGAACAUUUUGUCAACGUAAUGAUUUUUUAAUGCAUUGAGGGACGUUUUAUUGCAUUUCUCAAUUGUUAGUGUCUAUUGCUUUAAACUGGCUUUUUAUAUGUUGUAAACUGUCUUCCUACCUUAAACUAAAUUGUGAGCAUUGUGAGCAAUAUUAACUUAUUUACAAAUACCUGCUGAUUUGUGUCAUGUUCUGCUUCACAAAUCUUUUCACUCUAGAUCUGCUCGUGCCAUUCUAGAUUUUUUUUAAAUCAGUACAUUAAGCUGUAAAAUUUUGUCUCAAACUCAUUUCUUGUAGCUUUUAAAUUUUACAUUUAUUGAAUUAUUAGGGCUAUCCAAUAUGAUAUAGUCACUUUAAAUAGCAAUAAAAAUGGCUUUGGCAGUGCUGCUGUCUCAUGAAAUUUCUAUUAUUUCAAACUCUGUUUAUUUCUCCUCACUUCCAUUUCCAUGCUAUAAUUUCUUCUUAACAUGAAACCACUUAUUGUAUGCCUACCAUGUACACUGCUGAUGUCAUUAUGUUGUACAUACUUUGCUGUCAAUAAAAAAAAACAUUUAA